AUGAAAUGGUAUUAUUCUCCUAUAUCAAUACGAUUUGUUAAUGAUAGAGAGAAUCAUGCUACUUCAGGGAUUAAUCUCAUAUUGAAAAAUAAAGAUUUGGUCUUAUUAGAAUAUAAUUUGACCAUUAAUGUCAUCCCUAUAAAAUCACUUAAAUCAUUCAAGAUCUAUAUUUCCAAUAGUAAGUUCAUGAAUAAUGAUACCAAUGAGAUAAUAUGGUACCAAACAUCAAUAGAUUUCAAUCUUCCGUUAUCUUCGACUACAGAUUUCCUUCAUAACUUCAAAAACCUGGGAUUCAAUAUUCUACCCCAAGAUAAACUAACAUCAAGUUUAUUCACUUCAAUUGUUAACUUAUCGGCGAAACUUCAAGACAAGCUCGAUUAUAAACCUUUAGAAUUCAUUGAAACUAAGGAUCAUUUACCCAUUGAUGUGAUAUCAUUCCCGUUCAAUUUCACUACUCCUUUACUUUUCUCAGAAUUCAAAAGUAAUGGAUUUAUCAAUUAUUUCAUCCCCGAUGGUUACUUGAGUGAUAUAAAAUAUUUGGAGAAUUCUCUAGGAUCGGUUGUUACAAGUAAAGAAGGGUCAGUUGGACUUGUGAUGGGAAAUUUGAAAAAAUUCAAUGGUGAUGGAGAUUUGAUUAUAAUUGUAUCGUGGAAAACCAUUUGGAACGUCAUUAAUAAUAAAUUCCCUAACAAUUCCCUCGUACCUAAUAAAUUAUCUUCUUUAAUGGAACAACCUCCGGUAUCUUCCCAUACUAAUUCUGUGUUACCUAUUUUGGUAACUGGUCAGACGACCACUUGGGGUUCUUGUAUUAUUUUCAAUAAUCAAUACCUUAUAACAAACCAUCAUGUCAUAAAACCUUUCCUAUCUGGUGGAUCAUUAACUGUUUACCUAAGCAAUGAUCAGAUUAUCAUCAAGGACAAAUCAUCCAUAAUCACACCUUUUGAUACUUUAGAUAUCUCCAUGAUAAAACUAUCGUUGAUCGAUCAGUUUAAAAUCAUGAAUUCCGGAAAUAAACCUUGUAAGUACACCACGGAUUACAAAGUAGAUGAUGAAGUGUCAGCUGUAGGUUAUGGAUUAUUUUUCCAUCCGGAUUAUUGUCAACCCAUAAAGAGUUUCGGUCAAAUAACUAACAUAAAACAAUUGAAGCUUCCUGAGCCCACAAAUGCAUUGAUAAAUACAUCCUCAUCAUGUUGGAACGGAUCUUCUGGAGGUGGAUUGUUCAAGAAUGAACAACUCAUAGGUAUAAUAUGCUCCAAUGCUCAAGUCAAGUAUCUUGAUUUGACCACCAAUAUCGAACAACUGGAGAAACUUACCAAAUUGUCGUUCAUUCUACCCAUAGAUGUAAUAUUGAAGAUAUUUCAUAAAGAAUUAGAGAUGACAAAAGAUUUUGAAGAUUUAUGGCAACUUUUACCCAAGCAUAAAGAUAUAAUACAAUUGAAAUUACCAUCGAAAUUAUGA